AUGUCCGGCACCAUGGUCAAAGAUUCCCUCCUGGUGCCACAGGACAUUGAGGAGCCUGGACCUCGAGAUGGAUUAAUCCAAUGUUUCAUAAAAAGGGACAAGUCAAAGCAAACUUAUCAUCUCUACAUGUCCUUUUCGAUCUCUGCUAUGCUCGAUGAUAAUGGGAAGUUCCUACUAUCAGCUAAAAGGAUUCGACACAUGACCUACAAUGGCUACACCAUUUCUAUGGAUUCUAAAAAUAUUUCCCAAUCAGGUAGUGGCUACAUUGGAAUGUUGAGAUCAGAUUUCUUUCACCGCAAAUUUAUCAUAUAUGACACACAGCCGCCAUACAAUGCUCCGACACUUCGCACACAUGAACGGAACUGUCGGCGAUUCUCCUCAAGGAAAGUUUCCCCAAAAGUUUCGAUGGGUAGCUACCCCAUUGCUGAGGUGAAGUAUGACUAUAAUGUGUUGGGCGCCCGUGGGCCAAGGCAGAUGCAAUGCACUAUGCAGUCCAUCCCAACAUCAGCAGUAGAGUUUGGGCCGCAAGACGGUGAUGGUGCUGGGGACAAGGAGGAGAUGCUCUUGGUUCUUAGAAACAAAGAACCAAGGUGGCACAUCCAGCAGCAGUGCUGGUGCCUCAACUUCCAUGGGCGGGUCACGGUGGCCUCUGUCAAAAACUUCCAGCUGAUAGCUGCCCCGACGCCAGCAGCUACAGGAACGGCGGCUUCUGCACAGCCCCUUCCUGCCAGUCCGUCAUCUUCAUCAUACAACCACGACACUGUGAUCCUGCAAUUUGGUAGAGUCUCCAAGGAUACCUUCACGAUGGACUACCGGCACCCGCUGUCGGCCUUUCAGGCUUUUGCCAUCUGCUUGACCAACUUCGACACCAAAGUUGCAAAUGCAUAA